AUGUUUAGAGCGAUGAGCACCAGGAGAGGUCGCCGGGGAUACGAUCAAUUGAUCAGCGAACCCACCGUUGACGACUAUCUAUUGCCGGAGCCUCAGAUGAUCAGAUCCACGACGUUGCCUUCUAACUUCUACGGCGACUUGCCGUUGAAGUAUGUGUCAGCACCCAAAGUUCCGGCGAAAAUAGAUUUCAUAGAGAAGCAAGUGAAGAAAGUUAGUAAAGUUCAUCCACUGUUCAGCUUAUUCGAGAAGAGGAGCCGGAGGAAGAAGGCGACGGCUAAACCAGAGUUCUCAAGGUACAUGCAAUACCUCAAGGAAGGAGGUAGCUGGGAUCCAAAUUCAAAUAUGCCUGUAAUCUACUGA